AUGUUCCCUGUACGAAACGCAGUCGCUCGCGGGGUUUCGAGACAAUGGCUAAGGCCAUCGUCUCUUUCCCUACAACAGUCGAGAGCUUUUGCUUCCCCAGCCUCUGCGCCUUUCACCUAUGAAGUCUCGGAGGCUGCCGGUACCAAAACUGUUUCUAAGGACACCGGUUCUCCCACUUCUUCUUUAGCCGUCGUUAUAAAAGCUGGUAGCAGAUACCAGCCAUUACCCGGUCUCUCUCAUGCGCUUGAGCACUUCGCAUUCAAGAGCACUUUAAAACGAUCCUCUCUAUUCAUUACUAGAGAAGUUGAGCUCAUGGGUGGUGUAUUGGAAACUUCUCUGUCGAGGGAAAACAUCGUUUACAAGGCCAGGUUUCUUAGGGGCGACCUACCCUAUUUCGCUGAGCUCUUGGGCGAUGUCGUUACAAAGACUAAGCUUAUCCCUUACGAAUAUACCGAGCGGGUAAUACCCACUAUGGAGAAUGAGGUCAACGUUGCAUACUCCAACCCCAGCUAUGUCGCAUUGGAGUCCGCUCACGCCAGUGCCUACCACCAUGGCUUAGGCCUUGACAAGCUCUCGGUUGUCAGGAAGAACUUCGGUGUCGAGGAAAUUGCCGACUUCGCCGGCGCAGCCUUCAACCAAUCUAACCUGGUUGUUGUUGGUUCCGGUGUUCCUCAUGCCGAACUCAACAAGUACACAACCGAGUUCUUUGCAGAUGUCCCAGCUGGAAAGGCUCUCACGGCCCAUGCCCCCACCUACUAUGGUGGCGAGAGCAGGGCGUGGUCUAGGUCCGGAAACUCCGUGGUUAUCGCCUUCCCAGGAUCUGCUGGAGGCCCCGCAUUCAAGGCCGAAUUGAGCAUCCUAUCCUACAUUCUAGGAGGACAAUCUACCAUCAAGUGGUCUUCAGGAAACUCCCUCCUAGGAAAAGUCAUUGAGAAACACCCAGGUGUUACAGCCGUCUCCAAGAACAUCACCUAUUCUGACACCGGUCUGUUUUAUAUCGCCGUCGACGGCCCUGCAUCUUCCCUUGUCAAGGCCCUUCCAGACGUUGUGAGCGCCAUCAAGAGUGUAUCAAGCAUCACUGCUGAAGAUCUCAAGCGAGCUAUCCAGAAUGCCAAGUUUGAUUUCUACACUGCCGCUGAGGAAAACGCUCUUUCACUGGAGUCGAUCGGUCAAAGCAUUAUCACCACUGGCAAGAUCCCACAAGUUCAGGAGUCCAUUAAGUCUUUGGAGAGCGUUACCCUUGAUAGUGUCAAGAAGGCCGCUUCGACCAUUCUUGCCGGCAAGGCCGCCGUUGGUACCGUUGGUGACCUUCACAUCCUCCCAUACGCCUCUGAUAUCGGCUUGAAUGUAUAA